UAUCGAAAAGACCCAACAUGUUUCGUUUGUUUCCUUGCAAGUAUGAAGACGAGCUGCAGAACUGCGGCGCACAAAUUCGGCUCCAAAGUCAGGCCCUCGGUGGACCUACUCCUCUUUGAAAAAAUUAAUUACGCGGAAAUCUCUUAGAUAUUUCAUCAAGAUCCUCUCUCUCUCUCUAUAUAUAUAUAUAUAUGUCUUUGAUAUUUUGAAGUCUUGAUACUUUGAAAAAGCUGUUUGAAAGUCUUUCUUGUAAUAACCAACUAAUUUCCUUCUUGCUUAUCUUCUACCUUUUGCAAUGAAGCGGAGCGAGAUGAAUUCCAAGAACAAACUAGAGAGGAAGACUAUCGAAAAGAAUCGAAGGAUUCGAAUGAAAGCUCUUGGUUUCAAGCUUGUUUCCAUCAUUCCAGAUAGACAUCUCACACAACCCAAGGAAUUCUUGACACACCUAGAUCAGAUAGAUGAAGCAGCUGCUUACAUCAAGACUAUGAGAGAGAGGAUAGAUGGACUUAAGAGAAGAAAGGCACAACUACUGAUGAACUCCGGCGCGACGGAGUGUGUAGCCAAAACUGCCGCCGAGGAUUGCAGCGGAUCGGAGUUGCCAAUUCUGACAGUGAGAGCGUUAGGUCAUGGUGUGGAGGUGAUGCUGGUUAGUGGGCAACGAAAGAAUUUCAUGCUAAGUCAAGUGAUUAGCGUAAUCGAAGAAGAAGCAGCUCAAGUCCUCAGCGUUAACAUCUCUCGUGUUGGCGAUAACGUUGUCCAUACUCUCCAUGCUCAGGUUAAAAUUUCUAGGGUUGGCGUGGACACUUCAAGAAUUAGUGACAGGCUACACGAGAUGAUUUCCUCGAGAGCUCAUUGAAUUUCUCGUGGCAAUUAAAGGAAGAUUGGAUUAAUUGAAGGCCCUAUUUCUAUAUUAUGCAAGUUCGACAUCGUUGUUUAAGGUUCACUAAAUUAUUUCUAGGGUUACUAGUUCAAGAAUACAUAAGUGAGAGGCUGUAGGAAUUGAUUUCUUCAAUGCUUCCUCUUUGAACUAUGUUUACUAUACAGUUACCUUAGCACGAAUCUAAACCCAAUUGCAUGUUAUUGUAAUACUGCGUUUCUGUAUAAACUAUUUAAUACAGUAAUGUUAAUAUGUACGCACAUAAA